AUGGAGAGCCGCAGUCCUUCACCUCCCUUGGACCCCGUUGCGGGCGUCACGGAGGAUCUCGUUUCACUACCAAACUCAAAGACGGCCGGCGACACAAACAUCGACUUUGACGGACUGCUCGCACAGUCUAUCAAGCUCCACGAGGACGUGCGGACAGGCUGCGGCGGCCAGACGUGGCCUGCGGGUAUGGUGCUGGGGAAGCAUAUGCUGCGCUACCACAGAGCCAAGCUGGAGACUGCCCGGAUACUGGAAUUGGGCGCUGGUGGUGGACUAGUUGGAUUGGCUGUGGCGGCUGGUUGUGACCUCCAGGCGCCACUCAUCUUAACCGACCAGGAUGUGAUGCUGGAGCUGAUGAAGCAUAAUAUUCAGCUGAACGAGCUGGAGGGCAAAGCCACGGCCUCAAUAUUGGACUGGGGCGAGACACUUCCAGAGGCCGUUGUGGCGCACAAGCCGGACGUGAUAUUGGCAGCUGAAUGUGUCUACUUUGAGCCGGCCUUCCCGUUACUCAUGCAGACGCUCAAGGACCUGUUUGAGCUCAAUUCGGAUGCUGUGGUGUAUUUCUGCUUCAAGAAGAGGAGAAGAGCCGACAUGCAGUUUGUCAAAGCAGCCAAGAAGGCGUUUGUGGUUGAGGAAAUCUUCGACGAGGACAGGCCCGUGUUUCAGCGAGAGUCACUGUUCCUUUUCACAUUUAGAAAGCGGGCAGCCGGUGGCACCAUUGCGAGCAAAAAGAAGAGCGGCAUGAUGGCAGCCAACCUCAAUGGCCAAAUCGAAACCGCUAGAUGA